UCGCUUUGCUCCCUGCGUCAGUUGAGACAGAGGUCUGCGUGUGAGCGCCCGUCCACAUCGGAAACAAAACAGAAGUGCUUGUAUUUACAUUUAUUUCUUUUAUUUCUUUUAUUUUUAUUUCUCCUUUCGGACAGACAUGACGCGGCUGAAGAUACUUCACAUCAUCGGGACGCUGCUGAUAACACAAAGCGUCGCCAUUAUCAGAGUUCCCCUUCAUAAAACCAGGAGCCUGCGUCGCCUGAUGAGCGACAGCGGGAUGUCGGUGGAGGAGCUCCGGGCUUUGGCGAAGAGCAGCGGGGCGCCGGACAGCUCCCCCUCCCCGACACUGCCGGUGGAGAGACUGACCAACUUCAUGGAUGCUCAGUACUACGGGGUGAUCAGCAUCGGCACCCCCCCUCAGGAGUUCACCGUGCUGUUUGACACCGGCUCCUCCAACCUGUGGGUCCCCUCCAUCCACUGCUCCUUCCUGGACCUGGCCUGCUGGAUUCAUCAUCGUUACAACUCCAAGAAGUCGAGCACGUACGUUCAGAACGGCACAGAGUUCUCCAUCCAGUACGGCAGAGGCAGCCUGUCCGGCUUCAUCAGCGGGGACACUGUCUCUAUCGCAGGUCUGUCUGUUCCUGGGCAACAGUUCGCGGAAGCGGUGAAGCAGCCCGGCAUCACAUUUGCUGUUGCGCGGUUCGACGGGGUCCUGGGCAUGGCCUACCCCUCCAUAUCAGUGGCUGGUGUCGUCCCGGUGUUUGACACAGCCAUGGCCGCCAAGCUGCUGCCCCAGAACGUCUUCUCCUUCUACAUAAGCAGAGACCAGGCGGCAGCAGUCGGAGGGGAGCUGACGCUGGGCGGGACCGACCCGCAGUACUACACCGGAGACCUGCACUAUGUUAAUGUCACACGCAAGGCCUACUGGCAGAUUGAGAUGAACGGAGUUGCAGUUGGCAACCAGCUGACUCUUUGCAAAGCCGGUUGCCAGGCUAUUGUUGACACGGGAACAUCCCUGAUUGUAGGUCCCCGAGAGGAGAUCAGAGCGCUGCAGAAAGCCAUCGGAGCUCUGCCCCUGCUGAUGGGAGAGUACUUCAUCGACUGUAAGAAGAUCCCCUCUCUCCCCGUCAUCUCCUUCAACAUCGGGGGGAAGAUGUUCAACCUGACCGGAGAGGAUUAUAUCUUAAAGGAGUCUCAGAUGGGCGUAUCCAUCUGCCUGUCGGGCUUCUUGGCCAUGGAUAUCCCGCCUCCCGCCGGGCCCCUGUGGAUCCUGGGAGAUGUUUUCAUCGGGAAGUACUACACUGUGUUUGACAGGAACGCUGAUCGCGUGGGGUUCGCCCCGGCCAAGUAGCGACAGAGCGCCGAUUGUGUGAAACAGGUUUCACUGCCUGUUUCUACCGGUGAUGUGACGUGACCUUAAAGAUCCCACAGUCACAAGGAUGUAAUGGUGGUUGUGUUUCACUGAGAGGCCGUGCUUCCACAUAACUCUUUCACAUCUGCUUUAGAACAAUGAGGUUGACACCAGAAAGUGGUUUCCAGUGAACAAGUAUGAAUCCUACAUUAAUAACCACGUGUUCUGCCGCCGAACAAAGGGACUUCAGUUCUUCACGUGUCUGUGAAGCUGCUUUUUGAUUUGAGCUUUAACCAGAUGUUUUGUAUUUGACAGGAUUCAAUCAGACCUAUGCAUUUUGAGGUUUGUGCUGUUUUAAGUUUUUGUAAUUUAGAAGUUCUACGGGAACAAACGCACCUCAAACAUUUAAAUGAUUUUGUUUUUUUUGUUUUUUUUCAUUUCUAGCAACUGCUCCAUGUUUCAAACUCUAAAACUAGAUUUAACAACAUUUCAGCUGGAGCUGCUUUUGUCUCAGGAUGUUUUGUUUUAACACGUCUAUGUGAAUUUUAUUACCAAAUCUCACUCAAUAAAACUUAACAAUGAC